GAGGGAGGGGUCGUUCUGCGGGUAGCCGGAGCCUAGGGUGGCUGUGGAGCCUGGGGUGAGAGAGGGAGUGUGGGGGAGUGAAAGGUAAGCGGCGCUGAAGGAGGGGACGCGCUGCCUGGCGCCCCCAGUCUAUGGAGCGGGGUAAGAUGGCGGAGGCGGAGAGCCUGGAGACUGCCGCAGAACACGAACGGAUCUUGCGAGAGAUCGAGAGCACGGACACGGCCUGCAUCGGGCCCACGCUCAGGUCUGUCUAUGAUGGUGAGGAACAUGGACGAUUCAUGGAGAAGCUUGAAACUCGCAUCCGCAAUCAUGACCGAGAAAUUGAGAAAAUGUGCAACUUUCAUUACCAGGGCUUUGUGGAUUCUAUAACUGAAUUGCUGAAAGUAAGAGGAGAAGCCCAGAAACUCAAAAAUCAAGUGACGGAUACUAAUAGAAAACUACAACAUGAGGGAAAGGAACUGGUAAUAGCAAUGGAAGAGCUGAAGCAGUGUCGUCUACAACAGAGAAAUAUUUCAGCCACUGUUGAUAAAUUAAUGCUGUGUCUUCCAGUCCUAGAGAUGUACAGCAAACUGAGGGACCAGAUGAAAACUAAAAGGCAUUAUCCUGCCCUGAAAACUCUGGAACAUCUAGAGCAUACCUAUCUGCCACAAGUAAGCCACUAUCGAUUCUGCAAGGUGAUGGUGGAUAACAUCCCGAAACUUCGAGAGGAAAUAAAGGAUGUCUCUAUGUCUGAUCUCAAAGAUUUUCUGGAGAGCAUCCGCAAGCAUUCAGACAAAAUUGGAGAGACUGCCAUGAAGCAAGCCCAACAGCAAAGAAACCUGGAUAACAUCGUCUUGCAACAACCCAGAAUAGGUAGCAAGAGGAAGUUAAAGAAAGAUAUAUAUAUAAUCUUUGAUACAGAGAUAGAAAGCACUAGCCCCAAGUCUGAACAGGAUUCAGGAAUUCUGGAUGUUGAAGAUGAGGAAGAUGAUGAAGAGGUACCAGGGGCCCAGGAUUUGGUGGAUUUCUCUCCUGUUUAUCGAUGUCUACACAUAUAUUCUGUCCUGGGUGCCCAGGAAACAUUUGAGAAUUAUUACCGAAAACAGAGGCGAAAACAGGCCCGUUUAGUACUCCAGCCUCCAUCUAACAUGCAUGAAACUUUAGAUGGCUACAGGAAGUAUUUCAAUCAAAUUGUAGGCUUUUUUGUGGUUGAAGAUCACAUUUUGCAUACAACCCAGGGCUUAGUAAAUAGAGCCUACAUUGAUGAACUAUGGGAAAUGGCACUUUCAAAAACCAUUGCAGCACUCCGUACCCACUCGUCUUACUGCUCCGAUCCAAACCUUGUUUUAGACUUGAAGAACCUCAUUGUGCUUUUUGCAGACACACUUCAGGUAUAUGGUUUUCCUGUAAAUCAGCUUUUUGACAUGCUGUUAGAAAUCCGAGACCAGUAUAGCGAAACGCUGCUAAAGAAGUGGGCAGGUAUUUUCAGAAAUAUACUUGAUUCUGACAACUACAGUCCCAUACCAGUAACAAGUGAAGAGAUGUAUAAAAAGGUGGUAGGACAAUUCCCAUUCCAAGAUAAAGAGCUGGAAAAGCAACCAUUUCCAAAAAAGUUUCCUUUCUCUGAAUUUGUGCCAAAAGUUUACAACCAAAUUAAAGAAUUUAUCUAUGCCUGUCUGAAGUUUUCAGAAGAUCUUCAUCUAAGCUCAACUGAAGUGGAUGACAUGAUUCGUAAGUCAACAAACCUGUUGCUAACUAGGACUCUGAGCAACUCUCUGCAAAAUGUCAUUAAAAGGAAGAAUAUUGGGCUUACUGAGCUUGUCCAAAUUAUUAUCAAUACAACACACUUGGAGAAAUCCUGUAAGUACUUGGAAGAAUUCAUCACCAAUAUCACUAAUGUGCUUCCAGAGACAGUUCACACUACCAAGCUCUAUGGCACCACAACUUUUAAGGAUGCUAGACAUGCAGCUGAAGAAGAGAUUUAUACCAACUUAAACCAGAAGAUUGACCAGUUUCUACAGCUGGCAGACUAUGACUGGAUGACAGGAGAUUUGGGAAACAAAGCUAGUGAUUACCUAGUGGACCUCAUUGCCUUUCUGCGUAGCACCUUUGCUGUCUUCACACACCUUCCUGGAAAGGUGGCUCAGACAGCAUGUAUGUCUGCUUGCAAGCAUUUAGCCACAUCCUUGAUGCAACUUUUGCUGGAAGCUGAAGUAAGACAGCUUACCUUGGGAGCAUUACAGCAGUUCAACUUGGAUGUCAGAGAAUGUGAACAGUUUGCCAGAUCCGGCCCGGUGCCUGGGUUCCAGGAGGACACGCUGCAGUUGGCCUUCAUCGACUUGAGACAACUUUUGGAUCUUUUCAUCCAGUGGGAUUGGUCAACCUACCUUGCCGACUAUGGUCAGCCAACCUGCAAGUACCUCCGGGUAAACCCAGUGACAGCUCUGACUCUGCUUGAGAAGAUGAAGGAUACUAGCCGCAAGAACAACAUGUUUGCACAGUUUCGGAAAAAUGAGCGAGAUAAGCAGAAACUGAUUGACACUGUGGCCAAGCAGCUCCGAGGACUCAUCAGCAGCCACCACUCAUGAAGGCUGGCCCUGGGCCCACAGAGGCUGCCUGCUACAGCCCCCUAGUCUGGGAGCCAGCCCUGGUUGACGCUGCAUUUGUGCAUUUUUCUUCAAAAGAGCAUAUGUAUUUUUUUA